AAUCAAAAAAAGAAAAUGGAAAAAGGAGUAAAGGAAUCGAUCCACCACGACGAUCAAAGUGAGGAACAAGCUCUGUUUUACAAAUUAAAAAUAAAAUCUCAGCCAUGUCAAGUGGAGGAACAGUGAGAAGGGUCUCACGUCAAGAUAUACAACUGGUUCAAAACCUUAUAGAAAGAUGCCUUCAACUCUACAUGAACCAGAAAGAAGUCGUGGAAACUUUACUGGAGCAAGCUAAAAUCGAACCUGGUUUCACAGAACUAGUUUGGCAGAAGCUUGAAGAAGAGAAUCGUGAGUUUUUCAAGGCUUACUAUCUUAGGCUGAUGGUGAAACACCAGAUCAUGGAGUUCAACAAGCUACUCGAGCAGCAGGUUCAGCACAUGCGGCAGAUGCAUCCGAGUGGAGUCACUUCCGUCCAAAACACAAAUGGUGGUGGUUCUCAUAUUCAAUCAAUGAAUCAGAAACAUUUGGGUUAUGCCUCUGAGCACACUGAUCAAUCUUUAAAGUCGAUGCCCACGAGUCUGUCUAAUGCAUACCUGAAUGGAUCUUCAACGCUCAAUACAAAUAAUGUAGCCUCUUCUGUGAACAUAUCAACCCAUGGUAGGAGAGUUGAUGCUUCUCCUCCUCCGAAUAUGCUCUCAUCAUCGCAGACCACUACAAACAUGCCUGUGAUGAUGCAUGGAAUGAAUGGAGGAGGAGGAGGAGGGAUGAUCAAGUCUGAGACUGCCUUUACAAACAAUUCUGGUUCUUCAUUCAUGUAUGGUGGUGGUGGUGAAAGGAACGUCUUGGAAGGGCAUUCCACAGUUAGAGGACACACUUCGAUCCCAUCUUUUGGUAACGAGUCCAACAACAACCAACAAGCUCUGAGUGAGACGGUUCUUGAUGCAGAAGCUGCUACUUUUGGGUUCUUAGGUCAAAUCCCUCGGAACUUCAGCCUCUCUGAUUUGACUGCUGAUUUUUCUCAGAGCUCAGAGAUUCUGGAGAGCUAUGAUAAGUCACCCUUCCUUGUGCCAGAUGCUGAAAACUUCCUGGACUCCUGCGACAGGGGAGAAUAUCAAGGAGAUAACAAGAGAUUGGAGACCAUAUCUGAAGGUUUCAGUUAUGAUAACCUUGGAAGCGAGUAGUUAGGUAACAGGUUUUGCUUUACUACUCAUGAUGUAAGAUACGUUUGGGUAUAACAUAUUCAGGCCUCUGAUCUUUUCCUUGCAACAGAGACUAUUGGGUGGGUGUAUAAAAUGGGAUUUUAUAUUUUAACAUUAUUACUUUAGCUUAAAGUUAAUAAGUUUGAGAUGAUUAUAUGUAAUUUCCAGUGUGUGAUUUUGCAUCUUUUCUCUUGUGUUUUAGUUUUUCUUUUUACUUGUUAUAAUUUUUGUGUGUGUGAUUUAACUAAUUAUGUUAAGAAUGAAAGUUGUGGUAGUGAAGCAGUAGCUAAUGCAUCAAACUCAGUUAUGUAUGAUUUUAAA